AUGGGGUUAAACGGCCGCGACGAGCACCACUCACCGUCCUCGGCCAAGUCCCCCCGCGGCGGCGGCGGAGGCGAGCACAACUCCCCGCCAAUCAGCUGCCCACGUGGCGGCGCCGUGUCGUCCUUCCUGCUUGCGGCCGCGUUGCUCACUUUCUCCUUGUCCAUCGGCAUCACGGCCACGCUCGCCGUCACGUUCUCCACGUCGUUGUCGUUGUGCCCCAUGCAGGCCUUGUUCUUCCCGGCCACCAGCGCUAGGUUCGUCCAGCCGGAGUCGGACGUCCGGCCCCCGGGCGCUGACGUGCCGCGGCUUGCCUACCUCAUCUCUGGGUCCAGAGGUGACCUGGACCGGCUGUGGCGGGUGCUGCACGCGCUCUACCACCCGCGAAACCUGUACGUGGUGCACCUGGACCUGAAAUCCCCGGUGGAGGACCGACUGGAGCUGGCGACGCGGGUGGGAAACAACACUGUUUUCCAGCGCAUCGGCAACGUCGAGGUGAUCCGGCGCGCCAACAUGGUGACUUACCGCGGGCCGACGAUGGUCGCCCACACCCUGCAUGCCUGCGCCGUGCUCCUCCGCCGCAGCCGCGACUGGGACUGGUUCAUCAACCUCUCUGCCUCAGACUACCCGCUCAUGACCCAGGACGAUAUCCUCCAUGUAUUCUCCACGUUGCCGAGGAACGUCAGCUUCAUGGAGCAUACCAGCAACCUGGGCCAGAAGGCGGAGGGCCGGGCGAAGCCUCUGAUCGUGGACCCGGGGCUGUACAUGUCGGCUAAGAAGGAAGUCUUCAACGUGUGGCCAGCGCGGCAGCUGCCGACGGCGUUCAAGCUGUACACGGGGUCGGCGUGGGUGGUGCUGUCGCGGGACUUCGUCGAAUACGUGGUGUGGGGGUGGGAUAACCUGCCGCGGACGCUUCUCAUGUACUACGCCAACUUCGUCUCCUCCCCGGAGGGCUACUUCCAGACGGUGCUCUGCAACGCGCCCAGCUUCGUGCGCACCGUCGCCAACCACGACCUGCACCACAUCCAGUGGGACGUCCCGGCGAGGCAGCACCCGCGGGCGCUCGGGCUCCCCGACAGGGACGGCAUGGUGGGCAGCGGCACGCCCUUCGCACGCAAGUUCGAGCGCGACGACCCUGUGCUUGAUGUCAUAGACGCCGACCUUCUGCUCGGCCGUGGGAGGAACGGCACGGCGGCCGGGAUGUUUGUGCCCGGCGGCUGGUGCGGCCAACACCGGGACUGCGGUGCCGCCCGCGCCAAUGUCGACGACUGGGUGCUCAGCCCUGGGCCCGGUGCCGAGAGGCUGCGGAGGCUCAUGGACAGGAUCGUCAGGUCCCAGGCCUUCGACGGCAGCCAGUGCAAAUAG